CACAGAUUCGUGCUGGGUUUCUAUCCCUAACCUCACAUUGUUUGUUUAUGGUGCUGUGCAGCAUGGUGAUUUUCAUUCUCUGAUUUCGCGGUGUUUUUCUCCAUUUUCACCAUGUUUGUGCUAUCGGAAUUGAAGGAUACGGUGAGAAUAGCUCCUGAACUGUUUGAAUUGAAACUACCAGAAGCGAUUAAGGACGAAAUCAAUAGGAAACUAGCCAACAAAGUUCUGUACAACGUCGGCCUGUGCAUUGCUCUGCAGAAUAUCGUGUCACUGGGUGACUCAAUAAUCCUCCCUGGAGACGGUGCUUCCCACACAGAAGUGAUCUUUCGAUACAUCGUCUUCCGGCCCAUCAUUGGAGAAGUGCUCACAGGGAAGAUCCGGAGCUGCAGCCGGGAGGGAGUGCACAUCACUCUGGGCUUCUUCGAUGACAUCCUCAUCCCGCCAACUGUUCUGCAGCACCCUUCGCGCUUCGAGGAGACGGAACAGGCUUGGGUGUGGGAAUAUCCACUGGAGGACAAUGGGAAGCAUGAUUUGUUCAUGGACAUUGGAGAGACAAUUAAAUUCCGCGUGACUGGCGAGAUUUUCGAAGAAGCCUCGCCAGUUGGAGCGCAAACGGGAGAGAAAUCCAGUCAAGCCUCGGCGGAGGUCAGCAAAACUCCCUACAAAAUCUUCGGGGCCAUCAAUGAGUCUGGCCUGGGAUUGCUGUCGUGGUGGGCGCAGGAUAAUGCCAAUGCCGACGAUGCGGACGAUAUGGAUGAGGGUCAGGAAGAGGAUAGCGAAAAUACAUGA